CCUCUGUCAUGUCUGACAACACGCUAUUAGCUGAGAUUUUAUGGCAGAAAUACUGGGAAUUCAGUAAUGAUAUCGCCAUUGUUACCGCAUUACAAUUUUGAGAAAUAUCAUUAUUUUUACGGAUGAUCAGACAUAGACACCUUUCAAGAUAAAGUCUCGUUGAUUUGAGAUAAAAGUGCUACCUUAGAGACAUUAGGAAAUUAUGGUUCACAUGAAUAAUUUUUCAGUCUGUGUCCGCUGGAGUGUCUUCACUAUGAACUGCCUGGUUUGGGUAAGUUUUUGUAAAAGCAGCAAAUCUUUUUGUGUCUACCAGUGACACAAAAAAUUCACACAGGUAAUCCUUCAAUUUCGCGCAGACAGUAUUGUAUAGUUCAUAAUAGCCAAGUGCGCACAGCUACUCUCACUGGCCAAUGAAGCAUAACUAAACACCAUUUCAAUCCCGCAUCGUUUUCCAAAAACCCUUCUAUCGCUUAAACUUAUCUCACACUAGUGUUAAAAGACUUUCAGAGAUCUUUACUCUGUCAGUAUCAAGUACUAUCUAUGCUCAAAGUCGAUGAAAGAAUUUCGUUUAGAGAAAGCGAUUUUACAUCGCGUGAUUUGUUUGUGAUAAACUGAUCAUGAAAGAUGAAACCCACGCGUCUAUUAGAAACCAUUUUGAAGUGGGCUUACAAGGAAAAUUCACGGACUUAAUAUGAAUGUCGAUAUUAUAUACCCAGUGUGUUGUGAAUGAACAAUUCUCAGUUGGAUUUUGGGGUUUCGACGCAAGAAAAUUCCUGAUUUUUGCCGUAUCGUCGAUGGGAUUGUAAAAUCUACUGAUUGCGUUGUCAAAUAAUUUUUCCUGAAGAUUCGUGAUGGUUUCCGGACAGUUUUCAAUUUUAUGCAAGAUUUCCUACUUGCUUCGUCGAAACUGGCAAAAUAUAAUUUAUCAUAUGCUUUCACAGACGUGACGGUGUUCAUCAGCUUCGCUUGCACUCAUGAACCUUGACUCAAGCAAGGAAUAGAGUCGGUUCAUUGUACUUGAUUCAAUUUUGCUAGAUAAACUGGGUCAAUAAAUUUUGAUUUCAAGUUUGAAUCUGAUCAUCUUUGAUUCUCUUUACACAGACAAUACAUGAUUUUAGAUAUUCUUUCGUCGGAGGAGAAUUUUGGAAUACUCCGCCAAGUCUCCUAAAAACACUUUAAUUUCUAAAACCAAACAUGCUUUAGACUAGCAAAACAAAUUCGGGAAGUUUGACCUCGUCAUCUUUAUAAUUUAUUCCAUUCAGUUUUAAAAAUCAAUCCAUUUGAAUCUCUUUUUUAAUUUCCAUCACCAAACUAUUGCUAAACCUGGUUUAUAAGGUAUACAAUGAAAAAUCUUUUUGAAUCGCAAUCGAGGCUCCGUCAUUUCCUCUGGUGCAUUAAAAACAAAAGUGUACGAGAUUAAUAAAUUGCUAAAGCCGUCUAAAACUUCAUAUUUAGAAUUGGAGUAGUCAUCAGUUAUUUACAUAGGAAAACAAUCAGAGUGACAUGUGUAGUCAACUGUUUUCGGGGUCCUUUUUGUGCAAAGGUUUAAAGACGACAGAUUGUCGUUAGUUUAAUUAAGUCCACAGCAGAGGUUUCCUUUUUCAUUUGGAAUUCACAUUCAUGCUUUAAGCUGGAGUAAUUAAGGGGGUUAUAACGCUUUGGAUUUCACUAAAAGAAAUGUCAUAUUGGAGUAUUUGAAAGACAGUUGUAGCGCACGUACCUCACACUGGAUCUACAAAUAACUGGUGUCUUAGGAAAUGAAAAAGAUAACAUUUACGAAAAAAACGAAAAAAAUGGUCGCCUCGCUUUUGUCGUUUAUCUCUUGGUCUUUGGUGUAGCUUUUGAAAAGAAGAGCAAUUAAAAACUUUGACACUGUGAUACAUAAAAAAAGAAACAAUUUAACGAGUUUUUGAGUUUUUCUCUGUUCAGUUCCUUAUACAACUGCUUUCUUCAUACGAAACCUUACACUUAUACUAUCAGUGUAAACAAUGUGGCAUUGAAGUUCUGUUGUGGUUGUAGACGAUCGAGAUGUAAAGUCAAUAAGCGGAUACCCGACAAAAAAUGAUUAUCAAAAACAGGCCUUCAGACCGAGAGUUCUUAGCAACACAAAUCGUUACGUCGCUUACCUAUGCCUAUGUUUCGUACAGUUGUUAUGUGAACCUCUGACCAAUGACGAAAUAUUUCACAUUUUAAUUUGGAAAAAGUCGGUGGAUACAAAAAUAUAUUCUUUGGGCUACCAUGAAACGCCUCUUGGUUGUUCCCGUGAACCCUUUAAACCCUAUGAGUGACGUACCAGCAUCUGAGAGUACGAGAAUAAAGGAACUGAUCGUCAUCCUUUGAAGCUUUGAUUAUUAAACCGAUUCUCCUUGUCAGUACCGAAGGAAAUUUGUAGAUAAUAGUUUAGAGAAUACGAAUACUGAUGCUGGGGUGUAAAGGGUUAAAUUCAGUUUUGGUUAAACAUGGUGUCAGGAGUGGAAUAGACCCCGAUGAGGGCACAGCCAUUAUCCAUCACCAAACCCCACACCUUUUUUAGGCGCACUAUUUUGCGACACCUUUGUGGCCGGCUCCCUAUACGCAUUUUCAUGACAAUAAUCAAGAGAAGCCAUUCAAUUGAAGUCUUACUCUCUCUACAGCUUGGAGGCUCUGUGAUGCUUGGCCUUGGGAUAUGGGUAACAACACAAGACACGGAGUAUAAACACCUGGCUGGAAAUCUGGUGUGUUUUUCGUUUGUUUUCCUUUGGAAGCUAAAUGAGAUAAAGAAAAUGCAAGUAAAGGUGCACUUUUUCACAUUACUAAGUAGGUGAAGCCCAGGAGAGGGAUGUUUCAGGCGUUACAGAUUCUGGUGCCUCGGACUCUGAUAGUGAUUAGAACCCCUGUGAGCCUGAUCGGGAAACGUGCGAUUAAUGGGGAAGGGGAAAUGAGUUAACAUAAGUCCUCGUAGACUCAAAUGAAGCUUAAAGAUGAACAAAAAAGAAUUUACAUGACAUUUAUCACAUUUUUGACAUAGAGACCCUCUGUGAUUAAUGAUUUGGCCAGUGAUCCCCUUUUAAAUGGACUUGAGGUAUAACCCUUCCCUACUGGUGUGUUAAACCUAAGGGGGCUGUAGAAAAGAUUUUUACAUCAUUUUGAGGGUUCAGUCCUCAAUGGUACAAUUACCGGUAAGGGAGGGCUGGAUAUGUUGUCUUCCUUGAAUACAUUAAUCAAUACAUAGAAUUCGAGAACACAUUGGUUAACAACACUGAGAAAAAGAGGAUUUCUCCUCAUACCGCAGAUUUAAAAAGUAAGAAACAAAAUAACCAAAAUACAUGGUUAUUUUCAAAUCAUAACGCUGAUGCUUUUUUUUUCCCUUAACAGAACGUAACUAUUGGCUAUAUUGUGCUGUCAUCGUUUGUAUUUAUCACUGGUAUGUACUCCUUCUUACUGCAUACAAAUUAAAGCCUUUAGGGGGAGAUCUUGCAAAUUUUUAUGUGCAAGGCUGUUGGACAAAACUAUUUAUUAAACCUCAAAAUGAAGCCAAACCUCACUCAAGUUUUUCUUCAAUUGAAGGUAGACUGCUGUUAAAUUCUUGGUGUGACCGUGACCUAAACGCCUACAAGUGUUCUAUCCUCGGUGCAUUGACCAAAAGAAAUGUAACAUGCUCUUCCCCUCUCUCCCUAAAAGAGAUGGGAAAUGAACUCUUCCCUACCAAACCAUUGUCCCCAACCAUCCCAUGACAUAAAUUUCCCUGAUUACAAAUGUCCUUUUUACCUACCAAAGGAAAGGUGGGAUUUACUGAAGUUAUUUAUUAAGAAAUUCAGCACACUCUGAAGAACUGAAUUUACUUAAAGAUUGCCCAGCAAAUGACCCCAUUUUCAUUUCCGGUGCUCAUCUGUGUGAGGGUGUCUUCAUUUAGUUUGGUAGAGUAAAACCCUACUUUUAAUUUCAUAUUAUCAGCAUGUACUCUCUUUUGUUGAUACCAGGAUUUAUCGGAUCAUGUGGAAUUCUCCUAAUGAAAGAGAACCUACUAAGAGCGGUAAAUAUCAAAUUCAAUAUAUAUACCCAAGAGUUAAAACACUCAAGUUCCCCUCAUAAAUACUCAUCAUGCUAUCAAUUACAUCUCCCAAAAAAUAAUUUCCAGCCUGACAUGGUAUUGUUGUAAAAUUACAUUCUAGGUUGAAUUAAACAAAGGAAUAUAAUCUUAGCACUUCCCAACAUGCAAUUUGCUGUCCAACAAAACACAACAACUGCUGAGCUAAAGUUAUUUCCUUACAUUUCAUUUCUUUUCCCUUAUUUUUUAGUAUUUUGCAUUUAUGUUAAUUUUACUCUUGGCUGAACUUGGUGUAGCUAUUUAUCUCUACGUAGAAAAAGACCAGGUACGUGAAAUUUAAUACUGUAAAUGUUAUGAUAAUUCUAAAUUUAAAAUGUCAAAAGUUCUAUUAACCCUUUAGCCCCUUAGAGUGACUAGCAUCUAAUUUCUCCUUACAAUAUCACCCCUGAAUCAAACAUGAAAGUCAUGAGAAUAGAGGAGAUGAUCACCAACUAAAGCAGCUCUUGAUUGUGAAACAAAUUCUCCUUGUCAGCUUCUUUGGAAAUGUAUGGAGAACAGUAUGGAGAAUGUGCAUGCUGAUGUUAGGGUGUAAAGGGUUAACUUACAUCACAAUGACUCAAAAUAAUUGCAUUCACCCAUCUAUGGAGUCAUUAUUCAGUGAUCAAUAAACAGAGAUCAAGGACCCAUGUAAAUAGUGGACAUCAAUUACAGAUUUUAAUCACACAGUUUUUACUGAUAGGGGAAGAUAAUCUAGCAUUGAUAACCCUUUAACCCCUAAAAGUGAUUAGCAUCCAAUUUCCCCUUUCAGUAUCAUUGCUGAGUCAAACAUUAAGGUUAAGAGAAUUGACGAAACGAAAGUAAAGCAAACAGGCUUUUGCCUGUUAGCUUAAGUCGCCCUGUCAGUACUUCAGGGAACAUUACGGAGAAUAUGCUUACUGAUAUUAGGGUGUAAAAGAUUACAAUUUGAAUUUUGUUUUAUUCAUGAUAUAUUUUAGAUACAAGAUCAUAUUGCCACAAACUGGGACGAAACUACUGAUGAAGUUAGAAUCCUCAUUCAAGAAAAGGUGAAUAUGCUCUUCAAUUUACCAUUAUUCAGAAUCAAAUCUAAAAUAAAGACACCAUCGACUGGUAAUAAAUUAUUUAAGUCUGACAUAGCACUCAUUCCAAGUAACUAAACAUGAAGCUAUUAUGUAUUCUUUGAGCACGUAAAGCUACACCCUUUGACCACCAAGAGUAACUAGCAUCUAAUUUCUCUAUACAAUAUCACUCCUGAAUCAAAAAUUAAGGAUGCAAAGAAUAAUUAAAAGGAAAUGAUCACCAACUAAGAAGCUCUUCACUGUUAAACAAACACUCUUUGUCAGUACAGCAAGAAAUGGGUAGUGCACAGUAUAGAGAAUAUGCAUACUGAUGUUAGGAUGUAAAUGAAUAUCAAUCUCUAUUAAUAUGAAUCUAGACAUUGAUAACUGAGAGGCCUGGACUGGGUACAGGCAGGGUGCAUAUUAGUAUUUUCUCUUUCCUUAAGAUUGAGCAAUUUGUUCAGCAUAUGAGACUUAGGUAAAGCCAAUAGCUAUUCACCAUGCUAACACAUUUUAAUUGAAAAAGUACUUUAGUAUAUUACUGCUUAGGUAUCUGUGCAUGUCUUAUUAGAAAUCUAGCAAGCAAGCAAGCAAUUUAAGAGCUAGCUUUAAGAAAGUUUUAGUUUCUGCCCCACCAACACCAUCAACAGUUUUGACUGUAUCUUUCAUCUCAUUCAUGUUUGUAAUUUAUUCUUGAUUACUGGACUGUUGGUUUAGUGUAUUCUUCAAAGAUCUUUUAUGUAAUAGUCUAGUGAAUUAUCUACGUAGGAUACACACAUUUACCAAACUGUCUGGUUCCAAAACAAGCCUCUGUCUGUUUUAGUGUUUAGAGGGUUAAUAAACUAGUUAUAUUCUUUUUAUUAACUCAUUUUAUUUACUUUUUCAAAUUCAAGUUUGAAUGCUGUGGUCUAUCACCACUAAACCUCAACCAUGCAUCAAGUUCUGACAAAUCCUGUUUUGUUGAUAAUCCAGAAAAAGAAAGACGGAAGGUAACUUGAACAUUCUGUUGCUUCUUCUUAAUGUCAGUUAUCCCAACCCUCCCAUUAUAGCUUCCCCUAAAAAAGAAGCUUAGAAAAAUGUUCUUGCUGCUUCACUGGUCUCUUCAGAACCAUUCUUUAUCAUUUUCCAGGGGGUAUCUUGGACUUUUAUUACUAUCACUUCAAUUUCAGGGCAGUAUUCAUAUUUGUGAUCUCAAAAUAUAGGAAAUGGCAUCUUAGAUGGAGGCCUUGGUUCUAAGAUUUUGGAUGGGGAUUAAUUCAGAUCCUCUCCAACCCAAAUGCUAAGGCCUUUGGCACUUGUGGUCACGGCUGUGCUACACUAAAACCUUCCUUCUUUGUGUUUCUAAUAGUUGGAAUAUAUGUAUUGUAUUAUGCUGCCUUAACAACAUUGAGAGGUCGAACUUCAUUCUCUGAUUUCAAAAAGAUAAAUGAUUAAUGUUAGGAUUCAGUUUUUUUAAUCCCCAACUGCUUUUGUAAGGUAAUAAUUAUCAGAAAGAUGGCAAAAAAACCUAUUCGUUUUUGUGCAAUCUCUCCAGGACUGCUACACAAAUCUCAUGGAUUGGAUUAAGAGGAACCAUGUUAUCUUAGCAACAUGUUCAGUUAUUGUUGCUGUUCUGCAGGUACUUAAGUGAAAUAUUUCCAAAAUAUUAAAGUAUAAAAUAAAGAAAGCCACAAAGUUUAGAAAACAAGCCAAGUCAUUUGUUAUGCAAGAGGAAUGUUGAAAUUUUCUGUAGGUUGUGUAGAAAACAUCAGAUUUUUAAACAUUUAGAGUAGAUAACCUUUUAAACCUGAAAAGUUGAACAUUCACCUCAUUUCUUCUUACAAUAAUACUGCUGCAUCGUUCAUUGAGAUCAUGAGAAUAACAGAAAAGAUCAGUAACCAAAGAAGCUCUUGAUUGUUAAACAAAUUCUCCUUGUCACCAUCUUAGGAAAUGUAUAGAGAACAGCAUGGAGAAGAUGUAUACUGAUUUUACAGUGUAAAGGGUUAACUGUUUUAUAUCCAUUGAAAUCUUUUUAAGAUGUUGAUAUUGGGAGGAACCUGUCGGCUGAUUGCAGCAAUUGAGUCUGGUGACAGAACAGUAAGGCGAACAAGAGUAGUGCCGAUCAAUGUCCAGCCAAUAGCUGUAGCGCCAAUACACGUGCAAAAUGUGUACCCUGACUAUUGGAGCCCUGGUUAUUUGAACCCUGGUUAUUUGAACCCUGGCCAGGGGAACUCUGGCCCCACACCACAGCCAGCUAAAGCUGGGCCUGAGGAAGUAACACAAAAUGACAGUGCUACUCCUUUGUCUGAAGAUUCUGAAGAUGGACCCAUUAGAAGCAAUAUCAAAAGAAAGGAAUGGGCAAAAAUCAAUCCAAAAUAUAACCCUGUUUUUAGCUUACUUGACCUGAAGUUAUAGUUUGACAAAAUUGUUUUUUUUCAUGGAAGAAAAGGUUUUAGUGUUGGUAUACAAGUAACUCCCCAUGUGGGAGUAUUUACCUGAGAGUAUUUAAGGUAUAACUGUAAAUAGUCUGUCACAAAGGAUUUUAUGAACAAGAGUAAAGGGAAAUUACAUAUUUAAGUGCUUGAAUGAGCAUUGUGAGUUUCUUAGUGCAUAUAGUGCACAAGUUUAUAUUCUGUGUGAUGCCAAUGUCUAUAAUCCUUUUACCCCAGUAAGUGUCUAGCAUCUAAUUUAUCCUCACAAUAUCACUCCUGAAUCAAACAUUGAAGCCAUGGGAAUCAAGGAAAUGAUCCUUAACUAAUUAAAGAAGCUCUUGAGAGAGCUCCUCCUUUUUUCGGGUAAAAAAAAAGGAAUUGCAGAGGAAAGAAGAGCCUACAGGGCAAGCGACAAAAACCUGCCCCUCUUCAGGCUGGUUUAUGCAUUGUUUAUAUACAUUAAAUCUACAUAUUAGUUUAUUUCUCUGAAUUUCCCAUCAGCCAUAUUGAGCUAUAACAUACACAGGCCCAACAAAAGAAUUCUAGUUUAUUUUAUUUUGUUAGGAAAAGGCUUAAUUAAUUGCGAGUGUGUAAAGCAAGUAUCUAAAGGCAGCACCUACUUCGGCCCAGGUAGUUUUGAGCAAUAUUUUGUAUAUUGUGGUGUUAAAAGCAUACAAGUGAUGUACAAGGAUUAUUUUAUGUACAACAUAUAUGUCCUUAAAAAAUGUUUGUACUCUUAUAAAGAGACUCAAAUUAAAGAGAAUUCCAGAGAGGGAAUUAAAAAAAAAAAUACUGUUGAGCUAACUAGGUAGCAUAUUAUUUUUAAGUAACUAGGUAGCAUAUUAUUUUUAAGUAAGGUACAAUUUUGUAGAGAUAGGAACGAGCAUGGCAUUUUAGCUCUAACAGAAGUUAUUUUUAAAAAAAAGUAGCAAAUAGAACAAUAUAUUCAUCAAGUUAACAUAGAAAACAAACAAUUUAUCACUGUCUGCAUUUAACACUGCAUCUGCAAUUUUGAGAUUGUUCUGCCAGUCUGGAAGUAAAUACAUAUUUAUUCACCCUGCAAGAGUGGUAGUAUCAAAACUUGUUUUCUUUAUAACUUAUGACAAAAAAACACUACACAAAGAAAUAUGCC